AUGGAAGAAGAUCUCUUACAAACCCUCGACAAAGUCGAAGCCAUGAUCGACGGCAUCGACGAAGACUCGGAGAUCAUUGAUGGUCCAGCAGAUCUGUCGCUUGGAUCUGAUGAUAUGGAUGACUCUGAAUUUCUCAACGAAUACAAAUCAACCUUCAACUUUAUUGAUUCUGAGCUAGAUGCACUUCGCUCCAGCAUGGAUGAUGUUAAUAUGUCCUCAUCAGCUAAUCAAGGUGAUAAGAAGGAUGAUGCGGAUGAUAGCAGUUAUUCAUCAUCGUCAGAUCGUUCCCCCUUUCAAAUGCCAACCAUUGAUGAGAUGUCCCUCAAUAUGGGAUUGGAAUCAUCAGAAAUCGAGAAGUCGCAGCGAGAGGAAGAAUUGGAAAUAGAAACCAAGAAGAUGGAAACGGAUAAAGAAUUUGAAAUGGAACAAGAGAUAGAAGAGAAGUCUGAACAAGUUGCUGAAGUGGAAACCGCCAAGGAUUACGAAACUCAAGAGAAGUCCGCUGUUGAAGCCACGAUUGCUGGCACUUCUCAAAGUUCAGUGGAACUAGAACCAAUCAAGCAGUCCUCAGAAGAGUCCUCUGCCAAUAUGCAGACCAUGCUUAAAAAAGAACCUCAAGUCAACUUUGAAGCCCGUCCUCAAGUUCCGCCUUUGGAUCAAACCAAGAACAAGCCUUCACAGCACUCUUUCCACUUGCUCACGACUCUGAUUUCCAUUGCCUUGGCCUUUUUGACGGGCCAGAGGUUUCCCAAGCAAGAUCUUGGUUGCUAUUCUCCUGCAAUGGAGGUUCCGGAUAUGGACGUGCUACUGCAACCUCCUCGAGACUUUCAAGCCUUUGAUUUGAACACCCUAAACAGCCACAAUAAUUUCCUUCCAGAGGCAGUCGAGAGCCUCUCUUUUGGCGAUAAAGCCGGCCACGCGGCAGCCAUACACGAAGCAUUAGAAGAGCAUAUGGUGGACUCGGAAAAUUACCACUUAUCUACUGUCCCCGAAAUCAAGACCGAAGAGGCCUUUUACGAGGAUAUUGAAUUAUAUUUCGAGGACACUGGGGAUGUGAACAUUGCAUUGGAAGACACCUACUUCGAGUUUGGGGAAGAGUUUGGGAAAAUUAGUUCCACCGAUUGGGCCACUCCUAAGCUAUUGGAAAUGAUGGAAUCCCAAGGCAUGGAGACUGUCUAUGUAAUAUAUGAAGAGCCAUAUGCCGACCAGAGCAUUAAUCUUCAUUUUGGUGUUGCUGAAUACGAUGGGCUAUUCAUUUCAAUGGAAAUGAUGCAUUUUAUUGAGCCCCUAUGUCUAUUGUAG